AUGCGCUUCUUCACAUUAUUUCAACAUCUAUUACUCUCUCUAAUCGUAUGGCAAGCCCAGGCCCAGGUCAAACCCCGCGGAUUCAAAUUCACCGGCCCGAAGAAAGGCCAGCAGGGCGGCUGCAGCGCCGAAGAUGUCUCCAUCAUCCUCCAAGAAUUGGAGAUCGCCCAGGAAGCCGCUGAGGUCACCGUCCGCCAUCUCACAAAUUAUCCAUACUUUGAGGGUUUUCAAUCACCCGGCCAUCCCUAUUUCCAGGGCAAGAAUUUCACUCAAGCCGCCAGGAAGCUCUACAGCCGUAUCGCCCGUAUCGCGGACGGGUUUCACCUGGACGAUAAGUUCCGCAUCGAAUGCCGCAGCGACCUCUGCGUCAUGGCUGACGACGAUACCAUUGCCGUGACGAUGGAGAGCGCCGUCCGCAUCAUCUUGCCCCCGACCCUAUGGCUUCUGAAACCCGGCGAUCCCGUCAUGGCUUUCUGCGAGCCGUUUUUUAGAACCAAGGACGGGGGCAGCGGGUGGGAUAUCGUCUCCACGGAACUCCGCUUGCAACAAUUCAGAGAGGAUAUCGAGAGGUCCAAGCAGAAUUCGGGCACAAAGUUCACGUUGCUGAACAUGCGCAACGUGGGCAACAUGAGGAGCCAGAUUAUUUUGCACGAACUGGCGCACACUGCCUAUGCAUCCAAACCAAUAAAUGGGGCACUGCAACCUAAUGCCUUUGGUCAAGAGCCAAUUACGGACUACGCCUACACGGCCUUGGAUUGCUUUUAUCUUGCUCGAGGUAUGUGGGAUAAAGCUACUAUGAAAAGGCCAAAUACGUUGGAAGGGGCGAAGCGGGCUGCUAUGAACGCAGAGAGCUGGGGCCUGAUUGGCAUGGGGAUUUACAUAUCUCGGGAGUUGGGAAUUUCCAAAAUCCCUAUUCCACAGGUAGAGAACUCAGCAUGGGCGCCGGAUCAGCAAGGCAUCUCGCUGAGCAGAAGAGACGACUCUCUAAUACCGCACGGGAUAGAGGAAUCGUGCUCCCUUAAACUCUCGCGAGAGGAGGCGUCCAUCACGUCAGCAACGCCUUCGACGGUCUACCGACAGAGACCCCCUAGGGCGCCCAUCGGCCACCGAAGGAAUCCUUCCUUCUACACCCCGCUCGCGGCGAGACCGCGACCUCGACCUCAACCUCUCCACCUACACCAACUGCGGCUGGAUCGCGCGACAAUCCUACCCAUUUCCGCGGCCCGCGAAUUACACCCGCGACGAACGAGCCCUCGAUCAGGGUAUAAAAAGGACACCGCGCGACCGAGAGAGAGAGAAAUCCCCAAGCAUCGUACUCCCGCUUCUUGGGUAGGUGACAGUGCUGUCGAAGACAACCUUGACGAUAGGCGACGCAAACGAUACCGCGUCGACGAGCCAACAGCGCGAUACCUCUCGAUUGGAAGCAGAUCACCGACCAGCGGUGAUUCGUCUGACGAACGUAUAUAUCUCCCGGGUGUCUACUUGGGGAGAAACACCACGUGA